AUGGUGGUCUCAUCAUCUUUUCAAGAGUUAAACAAAGUGCUGGACGAGUUUACUGAGAGUGGUGGAGAUGCAGAUGGUGCGUACGCAGAAGGAAGGAUAUGCUCUGUGUUGAACAGUUCGGAAGCUGUCACUGCGUUGCUUUGCAGUGACCCGGCAGAGCAUGCGGGGCUUUUUGCCCGAAGAUCAACGUUACAUGUGCUGAAGGGAGCCGCUUCGGGCCGCUUGAAGUUACAGCGAGCACUGUCUACAUUUUUCGUGUCUGCUGCAGAUCUUGGAGAUGAAUUUCCGAUGACGGCAGUUUUGACAUUGGGUGGGCUGUUGUUAGCCUUGCGGCAGGGCUUCGAACGUGCACUGCCGGCAGAUGUUCUCCUGGCCCUUCAGUUUGUACAAGCUUGGCUGGCUGGAGGAGCUUUGGAGGUAGUAGUCACAGCAUUGGUGCGGAGGAACCACAUGUUCUCACCGGAAGUUGGUCAGGUAGCUUCCGGAUGGCUCUGUGGUUUGCAAGAUCAAUUGGCAGCUGCAUGUGCGAGGAUCUUCCAUGAGCCUACUGGGAAAGACUUCGUAGAAUGGUUGGAGUCUUCUUACCUGCGCAGGCUUGUUGAAGCACAGCUGAUGGCAAUGUGCUCGGAACCGUGCUUCCAUCAUCUCGAGAUUAACCCUUCGUGCUGGGACAUUUUGGGCCGCAUGUCCCUGAGGGGCAAUGCCGCUGCUCUCGCUCGUGCAUUUUGCAAGGCGACGCUUACUUCAAUGGAUUUCGCCAUCGUGCUGGGGAAAUCAAUAGCAAAAUUAGCAGACCAGCAUCCGCAAGCAAGCAGAGCGUUGGUUUGCGCAAUUUUGCGCGAAACAGAAGCAUACUUUAAGACGUCUGGCUGUCGGCUUGUUUGCGGGGACGAAGGCAUGGUACGCUUUUCCGCAUUGAUACAUCCCUCGUUAGGAGCUGGUCGCCCCAUCCAGCAGCUUCUUGCCGUCCAGCUUUGGCAGAAACGAUGUGGCAGUGGCUUGUCAUCUGCAGCAGUCUUCUUUAUAGUUGACACGAUGCAUGCAGCUGGAGCAGAAUGCUGGUGGCCAGCCUAUGCACACUGGUUAGAGGCAUGGGCCGAUCCUUCCCACUUUCAGUCUUCAGACCUCGCGGCGGAACGAAACUUGGCGCUGAGACUUGCAAGAGCAGCGCGUGUACACAUCGCGGACCAAGAUCCGAUCCCUGGACAUUCCUCGAAGUGUUUAUUGCAAGGUAUUCAUCUCAGGCUGUCUGCGCAGACGAGAGAGCGACGAUUGCUUGGAAUGGCCUUGGCCGAACAGUUGGCCGAGCGCUGGUGCUCGGGAGUCGAUGAGCAGCAAAAGCAGCUCCGAUUCGAUGGCUUCGACAGGGCCGAUGCAGCUGUGGCAGACUUUCAGCUGGCUUUCACCGACUUCGAAGCUGUCGCCAUGCAAGUUGUGGCAGAAUCACAUCCACAAGUUCCAUCAGUUGCAAGCUUUCAGAAGGAGGAGGAGCUUCCUUGCCAGACUUUGUCAAAAGAAGAGCCAGAGCCGGUGCCGGAAGAGGACAGCGACGACGAAGAGGAAUGCCAUCCGCUCCGUGGAUUGUCUCCCUUGCAGCCCUUGGAUGUUCAAAACGACUCCUGCUCUGACCUGCUCCUCGUCCAGCAUCCUACCUUUCUCCAAAAUGCGUACGAGAUGCUGCUUGGGCCUGCAAAAACUCCCUCCAUGCCGCUGAGUGACGAGGCCUUCGGCAAGCCAGGCUCCGCCCCGGAACCUCCAGCAGUGGCCCGUGCCAGAAUUUGGACAGCCUUGGCAGACCUGCCAGCGCUGCUUGCUGCGGGGUCUGAUGAUCUUCCCAGGCUUGCGGAGCCCCUUUGCGUUCGUCUGCUCCGCAUGGAGGUGAGUGGCCAAGAACUCCAGGACAUGAGGAUCGAGGCUCUCGUGGCCUUGCUGGUGGUUGAUGCUAGCCGGCGCCAAGCUGUUCAAUGCCUCACUGGAAACUUCACUACUGAGGAUCUCUCCUUGAACGAGCGCCGUUCGCUUCUGCUCGCCCUCUCCUCCGCAGCGCGGAAGCUGUCGAGCAAGGAGGUGGAAGAGACCAGGGCCGCAGUCCAGCUGCCACCACAUCAGCUUUCCGGGAAAUCGCGUCGAUUUGCAUCAGCCACGCGGAUGCCGGCAUCUUUCAGAAACAGGUUCUCCGCAGAAGCACGCCAUUUCUUACUUCCGCUGGUGAACAGGUGGAAGCAGCCCGAUGGUGGAGCAGCCAAGUGGGCUGUGGGGGAACCAAAUCUGUUCGCGGAGUUCCUUCGAUCACUAGCGGUCAUGCUUGAAUGUGCGGGCCGAGCUUGCCCUGACCGUGAAGUGCUCUGUCAGCAUUGCGUGGAAUUGGCGGAAGAGGCUCUGCAUCAUGUGGAAUCGCAAGUCCGACGCUGCAGCUUGUUCUUGCUGUCUCGCAUCGUGUUGGUUGGAUGUGAGGCAACGGUUCUGGACAAAGGAGGGAUCGUCGACCAGUUGGAGGCCCUUCCAUUCAAGGAAGCAGAUGAGACAUGCAGAAGGAUGGCAGCUGGCAUACUGGCAUGUUUGAGCCAAACCAUCCUGAGUGUGGGGGGAUGA